CCGAUUGUCAAAUUCAGAGAAAAGUCAGUCCUAAAUUGCAUUGGUAUUUCGCGGUGUUCUUCCGAUAUUUCUUUGAACAAAUUACCAGAAUCGAUUUAAUAGUACCCAACCGCUUCAGCGUCGCCUACCCCAGAGGCUUUCUAUACUUCAUCGAAGCUGACACAUUUCGCACUGCCUCUCAUCUUUAGCAAGUGAAAUAUUGGAACAAGCAAACUAAUUAUGUCCCAACUAAAUACACCUGAGAAAGAUGCGGCUGGAAAACCCCCCGCUAGCCGCCAACAGAACUCCCACAGCCCAAAUCUAACGCUACAGCUUCCCAGUCCAAUUAUUACGAAGCGCACACGCACUGCUUCAACCUCUGCUCGCGCGUUGGAGAAUCCAAUUGAAACUGGGAUAGUGAAAUCGUUCAGUCGUUCGAAAGGCCAUGGGUUUAUUACUCCCGGUAAAGGAGGUGAAGAUCUUUUCUGUCACGUUUCUGAUAUCGAGGGCGAAUACGUGCCGCAGCCGGGGGAUGAAGUUAGGUACCGUUUAUGUGCCAUUCCGCCCAAAUUCGAAAAACAUCAAGCGGUACAUGUGCAUAUUAUUAACUUAACACCUGAUGUGCAUCAAAAAUGGGAAGAGCCUGUCUACCCCGAGUCUCCUGCUCAAUAGGAAACCAAUGGCAAAUUGUCACUUUGCUGAUUGGGCGCCCUUUUAGGCCGCAACCAUUGACAGCAAUAAAAAAUAAGGGUACAGUAAAAUGUUUAUUUGAAAUACCUAAAUGUGCAGUUCAAUUGGGGAUAUAUCGCAUCUCCGAAUUAUACCUUUACACAAUUAUAUUUCAUCACCUCAAAUCAAUGACAGGAAACAAACAAAUUAUAUACAUCGAACGCAAGUAUUCUCGUACAUCAUUAACAUACAUAACUCUAUAACCUGCAACAAGUAACGAGUAAUAUGUUUGUGGUAUACAUUUUUGUAUAUCCGCAGAAAUAACACAGAUAAAAUAUUUCAAUUAAUUUCAAAUUUUUGGAUACAUAAAAUUUAAUUACUCGCUGUCGAACUAAUAAUGCCUUAACGAAAAAUAACCCAAAAUUUUACCAAGAUAUACCAUAUUGUGGGCUUCUGUCUUUAUGAAAUGACUCACUCAUUGAGUGGCAGUAAAAAAACAAGUAAUCGCGUCCAAUACACAGUAUAAAUAAUAAAAUAAAAUAAAAAGCGAACAAGAAGACAAAAAGAGCAGAAGCUUAAUUAAACCUAAAGCGAUAAAACAGAAAACAAUGUAAAGGCAAUAAAUUGGCAAAAUUUUGCAUUUGCUUGCGUUCUUGGCCGCUAAGAGGUGUUUCCAUUUCUAACUUUCUUUUUUGAUUAUUUUAUACUACGUUAUGCAAAGAUAAACCUUAAAUUGUUCUAAAUCGAACGCGCUAUACUAAUUUACACGCCAAGCUUGAAAGAUAUAAAUGUGACACCAGUUAUUAGUUAUUACGAUAAUUUAAUUUCUUGUGUUUCUAGCAAUUAAACUUAAUUUAAAGUUUGCAUAAAAUAAUCAUGCAAACGUAGAUAGUAUUUGUACUUUAUGCUACUUUUCAUGAUCAGUAAAAAUAAAGUCUAAUAAAAAUGGAUCUGAACUUAA